AUGAGCGAUCUCGAUAUUGACGAUGCGUCGCUGCCGUCCGAUGACGACGUCAGCUGUGCGCGGCCCGCCCUCGACAGCAGCAGGCGGCCAGCGUAUGGAACGCUGUCUGUGCAGGCCGAGGACGAGCCGGUAUCGGCCUCGCGAGUGCUACAAGACAUGCGCAGUAGCGCUGGCAGCCACCAUCGCCUCUGUCUGCAGCACGCGGAGCUAGGGGAUGACAAAACCGCCAAGGUUCUUCAAGCGCUAUUCGAGCACGAGCCGCGCCCUGACGCAGCGGAACAGCCGACCACCACCGACGACACCGACUCUGCGGCUGCAAGCCAAUGGGCUGCGUCGGACAGGGCUUGGCGGUACUCGAGCUCCCUUGAUCUGCCGCAAUGGAAGGCGUUCCGCAUCGUCGAGCUGGACAACAACGAGCUGACCUCGGCCAGCUUGCCUCCCAUCUGUACGCUGCUGGAGCGCAACCCUUUGCUUCAUACGCUCAGCCUCAAGGGCAACGAGCUCGACGGGGACGCGGCCGCAUACAUUGCUCUUGCCCGCGUGCUGGCCGCGUCGCCGCUGCGACGGCUCAGCCUGUCUUCGAAUCCGAUCUCGCACCGUGCGCUCGCGGCGUUUAUGGAUUCGCUUCCGCCGGCCGGUACCUCGCUCGAGUGCCUCGAGCUUUCCAACGUGCUUCCUGUCGAAGACGACGCCUCCGAGCCCGGAGAGGAGCGAAUGGUCGCUGCCAAGGCUGUGGCGAGCUUCAUUGCGGAUGCCGCUCGCUGUCGGAGCGUCAAGACGUUGUUGCUGAACGGCAAUGGAUUCGGCAGCCGCGGCGUGCGCUCCAUUGUAGCCGCGCUCAUCGGCUCCGCCUCGUCACUUGACUCGGCUGGGGACGUCUCGGAGGCGACGAUGGAAGAUGCGUUCUACGAUACGGUGUUUCGCGCGCGGCUGCGGCGUCCGAAUCGGUCGCUGGAAGUGCUCGAGCUUGCGGGCAACAUCGAGCGAGGCUGGCUGCCGCAAGAUCCGCAAGAGCAGCGCGAGCGUUUGAAAGCGAUACGCAAGAGGUAUGCGUGCGUCGCGCACGAUGAGAUCGAAACCAUCGUGGCGUUUCUGGACCUGCGUGCACGUAGAGCAAGGCUGAACGAGCCCGCACCGUCCGAGCAAGAGGUCCCGAUCGAGAUCGCGCGACACAUGAAGGCGGUGGGCGUGCAACUUGACGAGUGGGAGCGCGACUUUGAGGAGGCUGCCGAGAUCGGCGCGGGGCUCACGGUGGGCAAUUGGCAGGCACUCAAACAGUUGCGGCUCGAACAAAACGCUGCCGAUGGAGAGAGAUGCAGGCAAGCAGCCACCGCCGUUUUGGCUGCGGCGAGGAUCGUUGGAUGCACAGCACAGCGUGUGCACACCGCGCCCGAUGGAGCGCAGCAAGGCUUUCACAGGUUCCUCGACUUGCCGCCCGAGUUGCGCUUGAUGGUUCUCAAGAAGCUCGACACAUACAGCGUCAUGUCGGCGCGCCAGUUCACGCGCGCGAUCAGCUUCGCAUGCGAGAGGACCACCAUCGGAUAUGGCGAGCCGCACUUUGACGGGACGCGAGUGCGCGCUGCUUCCGACACUGUCUCGCACAGCACCACAUCCUCCGCCACGCUGCCGGCACAGAGAUGGUCGUGGCAACAAUGCUUCGAGGAGCGGGCCGCGGCGCGCGAUUGGGCUGCCGACCGUCUCGACGCUUCGGACCAGAGUGCAUUCCUGCGUUCGAGGACGACGGGUGCGCACAUGCACGCCACCGCCAACCAUCCCGGCCUCUAUGCGUUCCUCGAAUCGACCAUGUGCCACCGAGCUGAAUAG